AUGGAGAUAACACCAGGAACUUCAAAGCGCCGGACCAGGCACUCACUUCCCGCGGUUCUUAUGCGAGCCGGCACAUCAAAAGGCCUCUUCAUUCACCGGUCCCACUUGCCGCUAUCUCAAGCAGAAUGGGCGGCACCACUCCUCGCAGCUAUGGGUUCCAAAUAUAACGAUGCCCUCCAAAUCGAUGGUGUCGGCGGCGGAAGCAGCGUGACGUCCAAAGUCGCCGUCGUCUCGCCGUCCAGUAGACCAGGCGUAGAUGUCGAGUACACCUUUGUCCAGGUGGCAGUCGGAAGCGAGACAGUUGAUCUCAGCGGGAACUGCGGCAACAUAUGCUCAGGGGUCGGUCCUUUCGCCGUGCAAGAAAGAUUUUUUAAUCCGAUGCCUGGUUCUCGGGUGGUUGACGCGCGCAUAUUCAACACUAACACCUCGAAACUCAUCAUAGUAACGGUCUACAUUGACGAAGACGGAAACGUGGAGGAGGAUGGGGACUGUUUUAUUCCGGGGGUCAAAGGGCCCGGCAGUGAGAUCAAGGUUGCUUUCGUUGAGCCGGUGGGCAGCAUGACCGGCAAGCUCUUCCCCAGCGGAGAGCGGUCCGAAAGUAUCCUCGUGGAAGAAGUAGCUUCUCUAGGCGACUUCUCGGUAAACGCUACUCUGAUCGACUCAGCGAAUCCCUUCGUUCUCGUCGACGCUCAGAGUCUACCCGCGAAUAUCAAGAGACAGCCUCCGGAUUCUCCCAUUUCCCUCGAAGUUGCUGAAGCCAUCCGGACACGAGGGGCCGUCCGCAUGGGACUUGCCAGCACCGUCGAAGCCGCCUGUCUGAUUAGAGGUACCCCGAAGCUCGCGUUUCUUUCGCCCCCAACUGGCGAUGAGUUGAUCAGAGUUGCGCCGGCGGAUAUUCGGGUCCAAGCUUACAGCAUGGGCAAGCCUCAUUCGAGUUUACAACUCACGGGCGGCGUGACUCUGGCAUCCGCCGUGAUCACGAAGGGGACCGUGGCGCACCGUAUUGUCGGUCGGGAUCCGACGCUGGAGGCCGGGGGUGUGCCAACGCCCAGAAGAACGCCAAGCCCGGCAGAGGGACAUGUCGGCACGACGUCUGCAAAUAGCUUGGAAAGCCCUGUCGUGGACGGUGACAACGUCAAACGCACCAUUCGUAUACAGCAUGAUAGUGGAAUCAUGGAGGUAGAAGUCUGGGCUCACGAGGAAGGAAAUGGGGUUGCGGUCGAUCGAUGCGUGGUGACCAGGACCGCUCGGAGACUGAUGGAGGGGAACGUCCUUUAUUACUCCUGA